UCAUAUUAAAGCGCAUACCGGCAGUGUAGAGUCGUUAGAUGCGCAAGCUAAAUCGUUUUAGGGCUAGCAUAUUGCUAAAAAAUACUAUCUAUACCUAGACAGUGGUGACAGAAAACACUAUAUAGUUAUUGUAUUAUAUAUUGUAACUAUGAUGAAAGAUAGUUUGAACGUAAAUGUAUUUAUGUAAAUGUUUUUAAACACAGCUAACGUUACAGUUAGCUUGCUAGCUACAUGCGGAGUGGACAGAAUCCACUGCGACUUAACCACGUUCUUUGCGUGCAUUAAAUACCUGUCGGUUGCCAGAGAACACUUAAGUUACCUAGGUGCUGAUCAUCGGAAACAUGGUCAUGAAGUGUCAUUACGAGAUCUUGGGUGUUCGAAGGGAUGCUACGGACGACGAUCUGAAAAAGGCCUAUCGCAAAUUAGCUUUGAAAUGGCAUCCAGAUAAGAACUUGGACAGUUCUGAAGAAGCAGCAGAGCAGUUUAAAUUGAUCCAGGCUGCCUAUGACGUCCUGAGUGACCCACAGGAAAGAGCCUGGUAUGAUAACCACCGGGACGCGCUGUUGAAGGGUGGAGUCAGCGGGGAGUAUGCAGAUGACAGCAUCGACCUGCUGCAGUACUUCACCGUCACCUGUUACUCUGGGUUUGGAGAUGACGAGAAGGGUUUUUACAUGGUAUACAGGAACCUGUUUGAAUCCAUAGUGAAGGAGGAAAUGGACCACAGCAAGGGGGAGGAUGAGGAAGAGGACCAGUUCCCCACGUUUGGAGACUCUCAGAGUGACUAUGACACGGUGGUGCACCUCUUCUACGGCUACUGGCAGAGCUUCUGCACUCGCAAGAACUUUGCGUGGAAGGAGGAGUACGACACGCGGCAGGCCUCCAACCGCUGGGAGAAGCGCGCCAUGGAGAAGGAGAACAAGCGGACGCGGGAGAAGGCCAGGAAGGAGCGCGGCGAGCUGGUGCGGCAGCUGGUGGCCUUCGUGCGCAAGAGGGACCGGAGGGUCCAGGCCCACAAGAAGCUGGUGGAGGAGCAGAACGCCGAGAAGGCCAAGAAGGUGGAGGAGCUGAGGAGGAAGCAGAAACUCCACCAGGCCAAGCUGGCUGAGGACUACCAGGAGCAGAGCUGGGCCGCCAUGUCGGAGCUGGAGAAGGAGCUCCAGCAGAUGGAGGCGCAGUACGGGCAGGAGUUCGGAGACGCGUCAGAAAGUGAAGAAGAAGACACGGACGUGUUGGACGCGUUGGACGUGAUGGACGGAGGAGACCAGAGUGGAGGAGACGUGGCAGAGGAUCUCCUGGAGUAUUACGAUGACCUCUACUGUCCGGCGUGUGACAAGUCCUUUAAAACGGAUAAAGCUAUGAAAAAUCACGGGAAGUCCAAAAAGCACAGGGAAAUGGUGGCGUUGCUGCGGCAACAGCUUGAAGCAGAGGAGUUGAGUUUGAAUCCGAACUCUGGAGACGCAGUUGAUAAAGAAGAAGAAGAAGAGGAGGAUGAGGAGGAGGGGGAAGAUAAUACAGGGCAGGGGGAGGCUCAAAGACAAAAGCUAUCUAAAAAGCAGAAAAAGAAAAAAAGACAACAGAAAGUAGUGAAUAGCGCCCCAGAGCAGCCAGUGGAGGAGUCUGUCGUUCCCGCCCCUGCGGAUCCACAGUGCGGCCCCGAGGACCCUCCGCCAGAGCAGUCGGGCAGCGGUGAGGACGCGCCCUGUGCCCAGUCUCCCCCGGAACAGUCCUGUGACCAGCACACCGAAGACAAGGUGCAGGAAGAGCAUCCACCCACAGAACCAAAGAGCUCCGGAAAGACGAAAGCAAAGAAGAGUGUGAUGAAAAAAGGCAGUAAGCCCCAGGGAGGUUUGGACCAAGUGCCGGAGGAAGCGGGCCUACGCUGCGUGGCGUGCCAGUUUGAGUUUCCCACCAGGAACAAACUGUUUGACCACCUAAAGACGACGGGACACGCCACAGCGCUAACGUCCGCCAGACCUGCAGCGGCCAAAGGGAAGAAGGACAAGAAGAAGAGCAGAUAACCUUUCCAGAAUUAGCCGGCGCAGAGACUUUUUACGCUCUGGAAUUUUAAACGCAUGGCUGAAAAUGUCUCCAGUUACAGAGAAUAUACUGCAGAAUAUACUAUGUAUGUGGCGGGAAAAGGUUUAAAUUAAAUCUGGAACAUUCUCAUGCAGUUGUUCUUCUUGUUGUUCCUCUUCAGUUUCAGGUAAAGGAAAAAUGAUUUACUUUACACUCUGGGUGAGCGGUUAUCAGUUCUUGUCGGUUCCUUCUCCAAGACUAUUAAUAGUCUCACUACUGAACUGACACAGUAUUGCUUUUGGUAGCAGAAUCCUAGCAUAAGGCUCUGUAUGACAUAUGCACAAGGGGGGAGGGGGGGGGGCAUGAAAACCAUUGGAAACUUUUGAACGUUGUGUCAAAAAUGUCAGUGAAGGAAGGUCAGUGGCUGUGUUGUGUAGCAUUCAAUUGUAUUUAACCGACUACAGGAGAAAUCGCCCGCAUAUAAUGUGCAGUCCAAUGAGUAUGUUAGGCUCUGAUUGUUAUUCUGUGACUACAGCUAUGUAACCAGUAAAGGUUAUUUAUUUUUUAUUUUU